UGUGUCUAGCUAUAGAUCGAAAACUAGUGUGUAGUAGAGCAAGGAUGAUUUCGAAGAAAAUAAGGGGCAAUUUCAGAAGUUGCUGAGUCACCCAUGGACGGAUGUCUAGUAUGCAUUAUACAUACCACGUCACACUUUUUCAGAAUCCCCACGUUCCUUAAAUGCUUUCUUCCCCACACACCUAGAUUACAUACACUCUCGGCUAGAGAGAGAGAGAGAGAGAAACAGAGACAGUGAGAGUUUUAAAUAGCAUCCACCAGGAGCUUAUAGUUAGUGACUGAGUAAAUCUCUACUUUUCUACGGAAAACUUUGCGUUUCCCAUCAAAUUUUUCCAUACAGAGUACUUGACAAUCAUCACAGAGAUGGGUGAAGAGAACAAGGAGGAAAAGAAAGAGGAAGAAAAGAAAGAAGAAGAGAAGAAAGACGAAAAAAAAGAAGAAGAGAAAAAGGAAGAAGUGCCUCCAGAAAUAGUGCUCAAGGUCGAUAUGCAUUGUGAAGCUUGCGCUAGGAAAGUUGCUAGAUCCUUGAAGGGUUUCCAAGGGGUGGAGGAUGUAACGACAGAUAGCAAAGCUAGCAAAGUGGUAGUGAAAGGUAAGGCAGCAGACCCCAUAAAGGUGUGCGAGAGAUUACAAAAGAAAAGUGGCCGAAAAGUGGAGCUAAUAUCGCCUUUGCCUAAACCUCCGGAGGAGGCUGAGAAGGAGGAGAAGAAGGAGGAGAAUAAAGAAGAGAAAAAAGAGGAGAAAAAAGAGGAGCCUCCUACUCCUAUUACCGUCAUAUUAAAAGUUCAAAUGCACUGUGAAGCUUGCGCUCAAGGUUUACAGAAGCGAAUCAGGAAGAUCAAAGGUGUAGAAUCAGUGGAAACAGAUGUGGCUAAAAACCAAGUAGUAGUAAAGGGUGUGGUGGACCCCGCAAAGCUGGUUGAUGACGUGUACAAGAAGACGAAGAAACAGGCGUCAAUAGUUCCUGAAGAGAAAAAGGAAGAAGAGAAGAAGGAAGAAAAGAAAGAAGAGAAAAAAGAAGAGGAAAAGAAAGAAGGAGAAGAAGAAGACAAAGGAUCAGAGGACGAUAAGAAGAGUGAUAUCAAAAGGAAUGAAUAUUGGCCAUCCAAGUACUAUUCGGAGUAUGCUUAUUAUUAUCCUCCUCCUCAGAUGUUUAGUGAUGAGAACCCAAACGCUUGCUCCGUCAUGUGACCAACUAAUAAAUUCUAAUAAAUAAUGUCUACUUUUUUGUCUUUCGUUUUCAUGCCAACUAUGCAAUUUUCUAUGUAAUAAUAAGAUAUACUGACUGGAGGAGGAGCAGAACUGGAUAAGCAUGCAAGCUGGGCAUCCCUUAUAAGCUUCUGUCUAUGGAUAUAUAUAUGUCUUUGGAGUUCUAAGUAGUUUAUGUAUGUCGUAGGUUUUUUGAACAAACAAAGUUGUGUCAUGUAUGUAAUUAUUAAGUCAUUUUGGCUGCAGUUUUUGUAUCUAUAUAAAUAUAUAUUAUGUGUU